UCUGUUGAUAUAUUCAAAACGAGAUUAGACCUCUACAGUUUUGCAAACUGCAAGGAUCAAUAUAGGUCGAUAGACUUCCUAUCGUUUUUACUGAAGACUGAAAACCUAGGCUUGUUGACCUUGGAAAUAGUUUGUAAAUUGUCUAUACUAUUUGUCUUGGUCAAGUAGUGGAGGCAAAGUGAAAUUCCCGAGAACAUGCGUAACCUCAAUCUGUCGAGUUGUGGUGGUUUGUGGCUGGAAGGUCACAACGUACGUCAUAUAUCUUUGGAUGACUGCUCUAAUAACAUCACUGUUUCUUUUGAGAGAAGUAUCAAGGUGAUUAGUAGCACAGGGAUAAAUACUUACCAUGCUCAAGGCACCCAACAAGAGAUACAUGGUUGUUUUGCAAUAUCUCCACCUGUAUACUUGGUUGCAAGUUCCAAUGAAAUAUUUCUUUGGCAUUCACUGAAUCACCAAAUUUAUGAAAAACUUGAUCUCAACACGGAAUUAAAAGCUAUGCGUAUUUCUCCAGAUCUUUCAAAAACGGUUGUCAUAACUGGUGAUGGUUUUAUUCAUAUUCUUUCUUCAACUCUCGAAACUAUAUCCAACUUUUCACUGUACGAGGAAGGUUUCGGGUCGGCUCUGCCAGUUUCUCUAGGUUGGGGUAAGAAAGAAACUCAGUUUCAUGGCUCUGAAGGCAAGGAAGCAGCUUUAGCAAAACCGACUGUACCAGUCUCAAACACUCAAUAUGAUGAUGGUCGUUUUGAAAUUGCAUGGCGCGAUGAUGGUCUUUACUUCGCCGUAUCAUGGAUUGAUCCAUUAACAGAGAAUCGUAGACGUAUACGCGUCUACAAUGAUACUGGUGAAUUGUUUUCAACAACUGAAAUAACGAAUAUGAUUUCUCCAGGACUUUGUUGGAGACCUCGUGUUCAAUUAAUCACAACGGCUCAACGUCGAGAAGGUCGUGGAUUGGAUAUCAUAUUUUUUGAAUCGAACUCCCAACGUCAUGGAGAAUUCGAACUGAUCGGUGAUGAAUCUGAAAAGUUUUACCAAGUGGAAUCUAUUAUGUUUAAUCCGACCGGUUCAAUUUUGGCAGUACUGUGUAGUGGAACUCAAAACCAUCCAUGGUUUAUUCGACUACUAACUUGCUCUAAUUACCAAUGGUCAAUAAAACAACAUUUCUGUAUAGCUGACAAUUCAUUAAACGAUAGUCAAAUUUCCAAUAUAUCAUUAACAUGGGAUCAUCAUGCUUACAGUGCAGAUUUGUCAGCUCUUUAUUGUGCUAUAUCAAUUAAUGAGUCGUUGCCUAAUGAUAAUCAAGUUAACAGUAAGACGUUAUUGCAAUGCUGGAAAAUGAAUAACGUUUAUAAUUCAUCGUGCAUAUUAACAAAUUCUAAUGUAAAUACAAUAACAUCAUUAAAUUCUGGUCUUGUUGCAGUAAUCAAUGGAAAUACCGUCGAGAUGAGUUGUUUUGCUUAUUCAGUUAUUCCACCUCCAAUGUUUGCAACACGACUGGUAUUUUAUUCAAAUGGUGUAAAUCAAUCUAAUAAGACACAGUGUAAUUUCACUCCAUCUGUUUCAUCUGUAUCUAUUCCUAGUUUAUGGUUGGGAAAUGAAUCGGAUUCGCCAAACAAUGUUAUGCCUAUAUUAAUUCAAACAGUCGACUGUCAGUCAUCCAAAAAUGUAUUUCCAAAUACGUAUUUUAUUACUAUCACAAAUGGAACCUCUUUAGAGAAGGAGUCCUUUUGUAAUGGUGAGGUGUACUCUGAAUGGCAUAAUGGAGGAAAAAAUAUUGCACCUUGGCCAAAAACUGUUGUUAAAAUCGAUAUGGAUAGACUGUUCAGUGAAUGCAACAGCAAUGACGAAUCAUUGAAAUCUUUAAUCUUAACUGAGUUAAAACGGAAGAACACUUGUUUAUUUAGUCCAUUGAGUUGUUUCGCCUGGUUAAGUCUUUAUGAAGUAUUAUUUAUUGGUGCGGAUGGUCUACUAUUAGGUUAUUUGAACAUGAAAAAUCUAUAUGCUAGUGAUGGUAAUGUAAAUGGACGCUGGUUACUCAGAGCUUCUUCAUCUGCUCAGGAAUUUAAAACACUCUUGGAAAGAAACAACAGUAAAUUUGCCAGAAUAACUACUAUUUGUUGUACUAUUGAUAGACGUGUUUGUGUUCAAAUGUCCAAUGGUACUGUUUACAUUUAUUCUGUUCAAGAUAUACUAAAUAACAAUUAUUGUUAUGAAAUUCUACAAAUGAAUGAAUUCAACAUUGAUAAUUUACAUUCUUAUAAUCCAUUAAAUUGUAUAAUACAAUUUCCAUCUAAUUGUGAACAAUUAUUAUGUAUACCAGUAUUUGAUGAAUACAAUUCUAAUAUUAUCCAAUUGAAUUCAUCAAUCAUAACAGUUAAUUAUUCUGCUUUAAUUUUAUUUGGUUUUAAUAAAUCAACACAUUGUUUAUUCGCUGCUGUUUUACCAAAACAACAUAAUACUGGACAUUUUCAACAAAAUAAUAUUAUUGCAUUAAAUAUUACAGAUUCCUGCUCUUCAUUAAUUGGAUUAUCAGAAUUUUUAAUUGUAACUAAUGUAAAAAAAUUGUUAAUAUGCGUUUCAUUAGUAUUUAAUGUAUCACAAAUUAAUGAUCCAAAUAGUCUUUUAAAAGAAUUACUUUCACGAUUGAAUAUUCCUUCUGAAUUGGACGCCAGUACACGUAAACCACCGCGUAACUGGUAUAAUGAUAAUUUACAUCCAAUCGAAUCCGGUGCAAUCAUUGUAACAGCGAUACCAAAUGAUACCAAAGUCAUACUACAAAUGCCACGUGGGAAUUUGGAAGAAAUUCAUCCUCGUGCUCUUGUACUGGCACAUUUAUCCAAAUUACUUAAUAAUAAACAAUAUGAACAAGCUGUUAAAAUGAUGCGUCGUCAUCGGAUCAAUUUCAAUUUAUUACAUGAUUAUAACCCUAAUUUAUUUCUAUCAAAUGUCAAACAAUUCUUACAAUCAAUUGACGAUCCUGAUUUGAUCACAUUAUUUAUAUCUGAUCUUGUUGAGGAAGAUGUAACAGAAACAAUUUAUCAUAAAUUUUAUUCUAAAUCUUCCGAGCGCCAUCGAUCAACUCUAAAAACAUCUAAGCUUGACCGAAUAACUGAUAUUCUUAUUGAUGAAAUGGAGAAGCAUAAUCCAACCAAAUUGAUUGUGCCAAUUAUAACUUGUUAUGCAAAAAAGGUCCCACCAAACUAUGAAGCUGGCUUACUAAGAUUAAAACUUUUACAUGAAAAUGGAGAUAUAAAUACAUGGAAUAAUGGAUUACGUCAUUUACAAUAUUUUGCUACACCAAUUGAAUUGUAUAAAGUUGCAUUAGGUACAUAUGAUUUAAAUUUUGCUACAAUAAUGGCACAACGUACACAACUAGAUCCAAAAGAAUAUUUAGCUGAAUUAAACGAAUUAAAUUCUAUAACAAAUGACUUGAAAAAAUAUCAAUGUGAUACCAUGGAAGAGGCUAUAGCAUAUCAACAAUUUAAAAUUGAUCAUAGCUUGAAAAAAUAUUCAAAAGCUGUUCUACAUUUGAUUGAUUCCGGUUCUAAACACAAAGCGGAACUAUUAUCCUAUGUGAAAGCAUAUCAUUUAUAUGCACAAGUGACUGAAGUAAUACCACAAAAUUCUGAAGAAUUCAAGAUUAUUUGUCAACUAUGGGCGGAUUAUUUAAUUUCUUCACAAAAUUUAAGUUAUGCUGGUCAGAUUUACAUGAAAGGUGGAUUUUAUGGUUUGGCUGCCAAAACGUUCUUAUCUGUAACUAAUACCCAACUCUGGUGUAUUGCCGCCGCGAACAGUCGACUAUUGAAUGAUAAAAAUAAUACUGAUUUAUCUACUGAUCACUAUUUAAGUAAUGCAGAAAUACGUACACAAGCACAAAAGUUGGCAGCUCGAUUGAAAGAUCUUCAACGUCAUCAAGAAGCUAUUCAAAUCUAUAUUGACUUUUUAGAGGAUCCUGUAAUGGCCAUCAGAACAGCUUGUGAAGAUUGCCUGUGGAUGGAUGCUCAUCGAUUGGCAUCAUUAUAUAAUAAACAAGAAUUUUUAAACCAAAUCCUUAAAUCUUCUCUAAGUGAACAUUAUUCUAUCUUAAAAGAAAAAUUGCGUAAAUCCAUUGAUACAUACGAUAAAUUAUUCGAUCGAUUAAUUACUCUACGUCAAAUGCAUAAACAACAGGCGGAAACACAACGAUUUGUUCAGAUGCAUGGUGAUAGAGAGUAUUUUGAUGAUAACUUUUCUGAAUCUGAUAUCAAUUCAGAUACAAGUAGUAUGUCGGGAGAUAGUAUAACCAGUUCAAUGAGCCAAAUAAGUUUGCGAACGUCAGGAUCAAAAAAAUCCGGACGUUCAAUGAAAGCUAAACGAAAACAAGAAGCAAAGAAAUGGAGUUCAAAACCGGGUAGUAAAUACGAAGAAGUUGGUCUAUUACAUGAACUGACUCAGUCAAUAGAAUUGGGUCAAUCACUUGCCAACGAAGUUAUGAACUCGCUUACGGAAUUUUGGUAUACAAACAUGUUUGGAGAGGGUCGUACGCUGAUAUGCUCAACUAAUGACUUAUUAAGGAAGCAGAAACAAGGAUUGUCAUCUAUAUGGGAUGAUUGGAUAACUGGCAAAUGUAUUGCAGAAGAAAAUGAACAACAAUUUUUCGGCCGAAAAAAAUAUCCCAUUCAAGAGGCAUUUUUAUGUUUUCCACCGAAAAUGAAAAGGACUAUUAUUGAAUGUUGUAUGUAUUGAAUGUAUUGUUUAAUUGAAUACAAUAGAUAUGUUCUCAAAUGUGGUAUUAAAGUUUAAUUAUGUCAAACACAUAAUUGCACACACGUACACACACAGUUACAACAAAAAACAAAAACGUUUACACUUUAUUUGAAGUAAUUUUUUUCAUUGGAAAAUAAAAAUAUUUUUUUCAAGAAGUAAAUGAAAUGAGGAAAUGCUUUUUCAUUGAAUUCAUUGUUCAUUUGGUACUAUGACGAUAAUGUUAUUAAAUGAAUCGAUGAGUGAGCAAUCAAGUGAGAAUAAUAUUUUUAAAAUGAGCAGAUUAGAAAUCACUAAGAUCUUUUCUGCCAAAUUUGAAUAAAAUUGAUGAUAUACAAAUUAGUAGAUUUUGUAAUAGUAUAGCUACACCUGGCCAUACUGGUGUUUUAUCUACAGCGAUAUAACCUCCAAAUAGUAUCCAACAUGCAGCUAUUGUACUACUAAAUGCCAUUGAGAAAGCGAAAAAUAGGCAUAUAAGUGCUCCACGACGACCGAUACGACUGUCUGAAAAUUCAUCUCUCAACUAAUAAAAAAGCAGCUCGCCUAUGGUGGAAACUCGGUUUUAUCUAAACGUUCUCGAGUCACUGUUCGGUUGAAAAUUGUAUGCUACCACCAAAUACGAACACUGAAGCAGUUUUUCUCAAACCACGUGCACCAUUCAAACUGGCUGCCUUCAACGUCCGCACACUUAUGCAGGUCUGACAACAGAUAGGGCUGGCUAUGUCUAUGGAAAGUCUUAAUAUCGACGUUUGCUGCCUACCCGAGACCAAGACCCGUAUUCAAGACUUUAGUGAAGUACUACGAAUUCGCUCUCCAUCUGUCGCUCCAGAGGGCUUGUCUUAUGGGCGUUUAUCUGGGGACCCUGUGGCAUCUUCGUCCGGUUUCGCUGGCGUUACACUGUCUGAUUGUAAACUACUGAUGUAAUAAAGCUACAGCGCUACCAACGACAUUUGUACGAUUAUGCCUUCAAUUAAGUACAAGUAUACCCGUUCCACAUAAAUAAAAAAUUAAUUUUGAAUGAAAGGGCUUUUUCUAAUUUAUUUUAAGGAUGACAACGUUAAAUGAGUACAUAAAAACUGAAAAAUACUUAGAGUCGUGAAAGGGAUUUCCAUCUGGUAGAGUCCACAGUUUGUCUAAGAAACAGUAGUAGAAAAUCUACAAGCGAACAGUCGGUCCUGACAGUUUCUUACAGACUAGAAGGACCUUAGAAAUCACGUCCACCCGUUUGUCGCUAGAUGGUGCGAUGUCAGUCCGAUCUCCGAAUUUCGGGGAAAGUAUGGGAAAUUUUAGGUUCCUCCCCAAAGUCAUAUAAGAACUCGUAGUUCCCGCCAGUCUGGGGAGAUAUUGUGAAAAACCCAAAACUCCAAUAUAACUUGGAAUUUUGAGGAAAAACUUUACACCAGUAGGAACUUCGUAGUUUUUGCUAUAUUUCCCCAAGACUUUUUAGUGCACCUUCUCUAAAAUCGGGAGGUUGGGCAGGCAGUCGCAGAAACGAUGACAUGUAUUGUUUCUGCCAACAAUCCGUCGGUAACAAUGCCAGAAUGUUUGGAAUGCGCUUCUCUCCCUCGAAAUGCAAGUUGUUGCUUCAGGACUGGUCUGCGUCAACACCUGAACUAAGGAUAGGGAGUGAAGUAGUCGAACGCGUUGGCAACUUCACUUAUCUUGGAAGUCUGAUCAGCCCUCAUGGGCUGGUAUCGGACGAAAUCUCAGCACGGAUUCGAAAAGCUCGUUUGGCUUUUGCCAACUUACGUCACCUUUGGCGAAGGCGAGAUAUCCGUCUAUCAAUAAAAGGACGAGUAUACUGCGCGGCAGUCCGUUCUGUCUUACUUUACGGCAGCGAAACAUGGCCUUUAAGAGUAGAAGACACUCGUAAGCUAUUAGUAUUUGACCACAGAUGCCUUAGAAAUAUUGCUGGCAUCUGCUGGGAUCACCGGGUAAGUAAUAGUGAGGUUAGACGCAGGGUAUUAGGUAAUGAUGGUAAAACAGCUGGUGAGGUUGUUAAUCUUCAUCGACUGAGAUGGUUGGGCCACGUGUUACGUAUGCCUGAACACCGACUACCACGACGUGCAAUGCUACCCGGUAUUGGAGAUUGUUGGAAGAAAGUUGGGGGCGGCCAAACCAAAACGUGGCAUCAGUGCUUGAAGACACUAACUUCUAGUCUGAGCCAUGUUGGUAGAUGCAGACUACUUGGUUGGGGUCCGCGUGACUUUCGUAACUAAUGGUUGGAGACUCUUGGUGACAUGGCUCAGAGUCGAUCACAAUGGCGUCGGUGUAUACACUCCCUGUCUUCCCUUAAACUAAGAGAUUAAAAUCACUUCAUAUCUUUCUUUCUACGAACCAAUUCUUUCUUCUUGUACUACAUCUCUAUAUGCAAUCUUUCUCUUAUAUAUUACCACCUUUGACCUAACCACUGCUAUGAAUCAGGUGUUCAUCUCGUGCUGAUGCGGUAUGGCAACCUGGACCGAUGCACAUAUGUGCCUGGUCCUACGUUGUAGCUGACUGACUGACUGACAAUCCGUCGGUAAAUAUAGAUGGAUAGGAAAUGAAGUUUUGAUAACAUUUCCUGAGUCUUUAAAACAUCUUAAUGCGUAUUUGGUAAUCAAGAAAUGAUUGAACAAUAUCAUGCAUACCUAAUCUCCCUAUUUUGAUGCUUUUGUGCCUUUUCCCCAGAAUUUUCUGUUGCGUGACGUAUAUUCAGUGAUUUUUGUAUAGACAAAAUAAAAACCGCAUUUUCUAUAUUACCAACAUAUGUGGUCGUCAUUUUUUAUUUCCUUUUGAAAAGUCUCGAUCCUUGCUCCCCCGAGAAGCACAAAGGAUUUGCCUAACUACUGUUGGCAAACGUUGUAGCCAAAUUUCCUUGAGAAAAGCAUCAUCAACUUUAUAAGGUCCAGCCAAUUGUCUCAUGUGGCGUAAUAAUUGGGAAGGUGACUUGUCGCCUAACUCACACUCGUGCAGUAAUUGUUGUAAUCUCUUUUCAUCUGAUAGUGAGGUACGUUGGAUAAUGGCCUGCUUCAAUUGAUCAUAUGGAUUAGAUGCAGGAAUGUUAUCUAUCAAAUCCGAUACCUCAGAUGCUACUUCAGUAGGCAGUAGUCCAAGCACGAAAGAGUAUUUUGAUGUCUGUGAGCGUAUGUUACGACGUUGAAACUGUACUUCCACUUGUGCAAACCAAAUGCGAGGGUUUAAUCGACUGGAUGGAGGCACAUUUAUCAAGUUUAGAGCGUGUAGCUCUGUUGAAAUGCUAUCCUGUCUUGUGCCUUCAGUUUCGGAAGGGUACAUUACAAAUAUACAAAAAAUGAUUACAACCAAGAGGAAAGUAACGCCGUAAUUUAUGUGAUUGAACUCAAAAUUAGUUUCGAGAAAAAAAACUUACGAGCCCACCAGAUUUGUGGUUCCCAGCAAAAGGAGCUUAUACAAGAUAUAUCGAUACACUAGGUUAAUAAUAAUAUACCAAGAGCGUUAACAGUAAAUACCCUUGGUUUUACUCGCAGACAGACACCUAGGGUAUUUACUGUUAACUCUCUUGGUAUAUUAUUAUUAACCUAGUGUAUCGACCUGACUACCCGAAAACCCUUAAUGGUAAGGUUAUUUUCGCCACUUAAUUUGUGAGUCCUCAACUCCGUAAGAGCAUUCUUCCACUUGAUUCGGUCCUCAAGCGACCAAUCUGGUCGAAUACGGAUAUUUGAGUCACGAGUUUUUAGUGCGUUUUUCAAUAAUGUCUCUUUCUUCUCGGGGGAGUAAGAAUCGAGACACCUCAAAGGGAGAUAAAAAUGACGACCACAUAUGUUGGUACCAUAGAAAAUGCGGUUUUUACUUUGUCUUUACAAAAAUCACUGAAUAUACAUCACCAUACUUCCCCCAAAAUAAGGAGAUUGGGUACAUAACGGCUACUGUUACAACAUUUACAGCCAAAUUGUUCAAAGGGAACAAAGCAGGCCAAUAUGACUAGCUCUAACGCUAGAAAUUCGUAGAUUUCUAACAGGAGCCUGUGACUAGUAAGUAGUGCAUAAAUCUUGGACCGCAA